AUGGCUGCUUAUGCUGCUGUAACUUCUCUGAUGGGAACAAUACACCUGAUUUCCCAAUCCGACUUAUUACACCUUGAAGAGGACCACAAAGAACAUUUGGAAUCACUCUACGAGAAGGUCAGCUCUGUGCUAGAGUUUCUUGACAAUUCUGAUGAUGAACCAAUGAAGGCUUUGCAAGAAAAGGUAGAAGAUUUAGCAAAUGAAGUAGAACACGAAGUCGAAUCUCAAGUAUUAAUGGUUAUGGAGAAGGAUGAACAGGUUCGGACAGAGGCAAAUGAGAGGCUUCUUAAGAUCUUGCGACAAGCUAUACAAGACAUGGAUUCUGUGAAGAAAGAGUUCAUCAAGCUGCAGAGGAGGAAUGACAAUUUGGUAGCUGGAAAUCGUUCGCUUUCACCACGAUUGCAUGUUUCAACCCUUGAGAAGGACAUGGUGGGGCACAGCAAUGAACGAAAGCGCAUGCUAGAUCUACUUACCGGACGCUCAUCUCAACUGCAAGUCAUCUCUAUUGUUGGAAUGGGCGGCAUAGGUAAGUCAACUUUUGCCAAAAAUAUGUUUUCUGAUUCCUCAAUUGUGGGCUUCUUUGAUGUUCGUGGAUGGAUUACUGUGUCCGAGGACUAUAGUAUAAGAAAGAUGCUUCUAUCCCUCCUUCAAGAGGCUAUUGGCGUGAAUGAAGAGCUUGAUAAGAAACAAGAUGGAGAACUAGCUGAUUGCUUGCAGAAAAGUUUAAAGAGAAGAAGGUAUUUGAUUGUUGUGGAUGACAUAUGGAGCAGCGAUGCCUGGGAUAAUAUUAGACUAUGGUUUCCAGAAAACAGUAAUAGAAGUCGAAUAUUGUUGACUACUCGGGACAUUAACGUUGCUCAAUAUGCUAGCUCUCACGAGGGACUUUUUCCAAUGCGUUUCCUAGAGCCAAAGGAAAGUUGGAAUUUGUUUUGCCAAAAGGCGUUCGGCAAAAAAGAUUGUCCAGCUGAAUUUGAGAGUGUCGGAAAGGUGGUUGUAGAAAAUUGCAAAGGAUUACCACUGAUGAUUUCGGUGGUUGCGGGGUCUCUUUCUAGGAAGAGGACGCUGCACGAGUGGUAUGAAGUAGCUCAAAGUGUAAGCUCAUUAGUAGACGUUGAUGAUUAUCAACGUUGCUCAGGAGUGCUUGCUUUGAGCUACAAGCAUCUUCCUUCACACUUGAAAGCUUGCUUUCUGUAUUUUGGAGUUUUCAAAAAAGCUAGUGAAAUUUCUGUGGAAAAGUUGAUUCAAUUGUGGAUGGCAGAAGGACUCUUUGAGCUGAGGGGGCUUGGGGAGUGGGAAAAAGUGGCUGCUAAUCUCCUACAUGAUCUUAUUGAUAAAAGUCUAAUUGUUGUUAGCAAGCAUAGUUUGGAUGGAAAUAUCAAGACAUGUAGGAUUCAUGAUCUUCUCCAUGAUUUAUGCUUGAGAGAAGCUGAAAGCGAGAAUCUUUUGUACGUUCCAAAUCCCUCAAUUUCUGAACCCAAAAGUGUUAUUCAAGAUCGUCGGUGGGUUUCAUUUCAUUUAGAGGAAGGUUGUUUUUUUUCCUCUCUUACUUACAGUAAAACACGUUCUGUUACGUUUCUUUCGGGUAAAAUUAGGUCCAGUACUAUUGAAUUAGGACUAAACCAUUUCAAACUUCUUAGAGUAUUGGACUUGGGGCAAUUGGGCUCGAGUAGUUUCCCUAAGGAAUUAUCUUACCUGUUAUCUGCUGAUGACGUUAAGUACCAGGUUUUGGAUAACUUGCAAAGUAUUUAUGGGUUGAGUCCUGAUUGUUGCACCAAACAAAUGUUUGAAGGGAUUAAAAACGUGAAAAAAUUGGGAAUUUGUGGCAGAACUGAUGACUAUUGUCGUGAGCCCAAAUCCGUAGAUAAUAUUAUAUAUUUACCUGAGCUAGAGGCACUAAAAAUCCUAAUAUACGACUCUCACAGGGCUACUUUGUUUCCAGUUCCAUGGCCGAGAUCUUUCCCACCGAAUCUCAAGAAGCUGACACUUCAAGCAGCUUAUCAACCAUGGAAGGCCAUGACAAUCAUUAGCAAGUUGCCCAAACUCGAGGUGCUCAAAUUGAAGGUUAAUUUCUUCUUAUGUAGGGAGAUAGUCGGGGAAGAUGUCUGGAAAGUAUCAGAGAUGGGAUUUCCUGAAUUGAAAUUCUUGCUUCUAGAGAACACAAGUCUUAAAUACUGGAGGUCCACCGAUGAUUCUUUCCCACUUCUGGAAAGCAUAAUUAUCAGAAACUGUCGUUCCUUACGAGAGAUUCCACAAGCAUUUGCAGAUAGUAUGACACUGCAGCGAAUUGAGUUACGGGGAUGCACUCCUUCCCUUGUGGAAGUCGCUAAGAAGAUCCAAAAUGAUCAAGAGGAGGAGUUGGGAAACAAAGAUUCUUAA